CACGAGCUCCCAGCCCCGGACAAAGUCUUAACUACACCCUAGCCGGCCUGCCUUGGAGAAGAAGCGCCAUCGUCUCUUCAAAACCACUUCCUGUCCGCCCCCUCCCCACCUCCUACUUAACCUCGCCUCCGCCUGGUCCUGUUACCUUUGCGCCAGUAGCCAGCCAGCCAGCAGGAGUGCCGCGUCGUAGUACGUGCGUACAUACAUGCAUGCCAUGGCGCGAGCCGUGCACGAUCGCCUCCCGUUCCUCGCCUCGCCGGAGCCGGCGCUCGCGCCGCCUGCGCCAGCGGGGAGGCGGAGGAACCCGUCCCUCUCCGAGAUGCUCAGCCUCGUCAGCGCCGCCACCGUCGACCCGGCCGGCACGGACGACGACGGCUCCGUCUUCUCCCUCCCGAUGCCGCAGUCCGCGGCUGCCGGCGUCGGCGACAAUAAUGCGGGCGGCGAGGCGCCGGGAAGGACCAUCCAGUUCCGGCUGGCGUUCACCGACCUCACCUACAGCGUCCGGCGCGCGCGCCAUGGCGGGGACGGCGGCGGCGGGGGGCCCUGCCUCCCCGUGCAGCGCCGCUCCGACCGCGUCACGGCGGCGCCCGACGCGCACGCGCCGCGCACCAAGGCGCUCCUUGCUGGCGUCUCCGGGGAGGCGAAGGAGGGCGAGAUCCUCGCAGUGAUGGGCGCCAGCGGCUCCGGCAAGUCCACGCUCAUCGACGCGCUCGCCAACCGCAUCUCGCGCGACGCGCUCAAGGGCUCCGUCACGCUCAACGGCGAGCCGCUUACGGGCAACAUCCUCAAGUCCAUGUCCGCGUACGUCAUGCAGGACGACCUGCUCUUCCCCAUGCUCACCGUCACCGAGACGCUCUCUUUCGCCGCCGACUUCCGCCUGCCGCGCUCGCUCUGCGCCGCCAAGAAGCGCGCGCGCGUGCACGCGCUCAUCGACCAGCUCGGCCUCCGCGCAGCCGCAAACACCAUCAUCGGCGACGAGGGCCACCGUGGGGUCUCCGGAGGGGAGCGCCGCAGGGUCUCCAUCGGCACCGACAUCAUCCACGACCCCAUCCUCCUGUUCCUCGACGAGCCCACCUCAGGCCUCGACUCCACGUCGGCGUUCAUGGUCGUCAAGGUGCUCCGCCGCAUCGCCGAGAGCGGCAGCAUUGUCAUUACCUCCAUCCACCAGCCCAGCCAGCGCAUCCUCGGCCUCCUGGACCGCCUCAUCCUCCUGUCCGGGGGUCACACCGUCUUCAGCGGAGCCCCCUCCGCGCUCCCGACCUACUUCGCCGAGUUCGGGCACCCUGUCCCGGACGACGAGAACCGCGCCGAGUUCGCGCUCGAUCUCAUCCGCGAGCUGGAGGCGUCGCCAACGGGGACGAAGCCCCUCGUGGAAUUCCACCGCACGUGGAAGCUCAUGCACGCGGCGAGGAGCGACGACGCCGCGGCGUGGGCGCCGACGAUGUCGCUGAAGGAGGCCAUCAGCGCGAGCAUCUCGCGCGGGAAGCUGGUGUCCGGCGCGGACGUGUCGAGCGGGGAGGCGGCGUCGAUGCACACGUACGCGAACCCGUUCUGGGUGGAGAUGAAGGUGCUGACGAAGCGGUCGGCGAUCAACACCCGGCGCAUGCCGGAGCUGUUCCUCAUCCGCCUGGGCGCCGUGGUGGUGACCGGCGUGAUCCUGGCCACCGUGUUCUUCAAGCUGGACCAGUCGCCCAAGGGCGCGCAGGAGCGGCUGGGCUUCUUCGCCUUCGCCAUGUCCACCAUGUUCUACACCUGCGCCGACGCGCUGCCGGUGUUCCUCCAGGAGCGGUACGUGUUCCUCCGGGAGACGGCCUACGGCGCGUACCGCCACGUCUCCUACGUGCUCUCCAACGCCAUCGUCUCCUUCCCGCCGCUGGUGGUCCUGUCGCUGGCCUUCGCGCUCACCACCUUCUUCGCCGUGGGGCUCGCGGGCGGGGCGUCCGGGUUCGCCUUCUACACGCUGGCCAUCCUGGCGUCCUUCUGGGCCGGGAGCGGGUUCGUCACCUUCCUCUCCGGCGUGAUCCCGCACGUGAUGAUCGGGUACACGGUGGUGGUGGCCAUCCUGGCCUACUUCCUGCUCUUCAGCGGCUUCUUCAUCAACCGGGACAGGAUACCGGCAUACUGGCUGUGGUUCCACUACCUGUCGCUGGUCAAGUACCCGUUCGAGGGCGUGCUGCAGAACGAGUUCGCGCGCGGCGGCGAGUGCUUCGUGCGCGGCGCGCAGAUCUUCGACAACUCGCCGCUGGGGGCGCUGCCGGAGGCGGUGAAGGAGCGAGUGCUGGCGUCUAUCAGCUCGGCGCUCGGCGUCGGGAUCGGCGCCGACACCUGCGUGGCCACGGGGCGGAGCGUGCUGCGGCAGGCCGCCGUGACGCAGCUCGGCAAGUGGGAGUGCCUGCUGGUGACGGCGGCCUGGGGCUUCUUCUUCCGGAUCCUCUUCUACUUCAGCCUCGUGCUCGGCAGCAAGAACAAGAGGAGGUGAUCGCGCCACCGUGCACUCGUACCGCGCGCGCGAAUGCAUAUGUUCGAACCGUCCAAGGAAGAAGAUGAUGGCAUGAUUAAGCAGAUGACACUAUCAUCAUCUAUCUGGUUUCUGCAAUUGUUAAACAGAUGUGCUUUUGACUUUUUUAUUUUCUUUUCCUUGUGAUUUUGCAAGUCAAAUAAUUAAGUGGUUCAUACAUUACAUAUACUUUCCUAUCCACUGCCCUUUUUUGCUCUUUCUCAUAGUGUGUUGUAGCCUUGUAGACUUAUGAAAUGAAGAAGUAGUACAGCUAUUUUGGUUGU